AUGACACAAGCCUUCCAAAAAGUCUUUGCCGAAGAAGGAAUACGUGGACUUUGGAUGCCAGGUCUCUGGGCAACGAUAUGGCGAGAGCUCAUCUACUCGGGCCUACGCUUUUCCUUGUACAAACCAAUCCGAACCACCGUUGGAUCACAGCUACACAUUCCAAACCCAGAGGGGUCUCUCCUUUGUAAAUCAAUUGCUGGAAUAUGCUCUGGCGUUAUCGGGUCAAUGGUAGCCAAUCCUACAGACGUGCUUAAAAUCAAGUCACAGUCUGAAGCUGGGAGUGUGGUCAAUGGAGUCUACACGACUGGUCAUGCAAAGGGACGGGUUCCCAAAUAUUUUACAAUGGCACAGGCCAUCAGGACUAUAUUACGAGACGAAGGAAUACGGGGAUUUUAUCGCGGAGUGCAGGCUACUGCCUUACGCGCUAUUAUGGUAUCUGGAGGACAAUUGGUUCCAUACGACCAUACGAAAUACCUGCUCAAGAAACAUGGGGUUAUGAAGGAAGGACUUCCGUUACAUGUUGCUGGUUCAAUUGUCGCCGGUCUCACAGCAACGACAAUGGCGGCACCUCCAGAUAUUAUCAAAACGAGACUCUUAUCACAAAGCCAGCAUGGAUCGGCAUCUUCUCAGCUCCCACGAUUCAAGGGAAUUUCUGAUUGUCUGGUACAUAUUGUCAGAAAGGAGGGAGUGUCUACGUUAUUUCGAGGGUGGUUACCUUCCUACCUCCGUCUAGCACCACACUACCUCCUAAGCCUUCCACUCUACGAACAGCUACGACUAUUAAUGGGUCUGGAUGGCUUCUAA